GGCGGCCGUGGCUGCGGCGCGGGGCCUGGGCCGGGGGCAAUGAGGCUGGCCCGCCGCGGAGCCGCGUAGCGGACACACAGACCCUCCUCCCCGCCUCGGCCGAGCCGGGGGCGCGCGCGCGGCCGUCCGCCCCAGGCGGCCCUCUCCCGACCCCGAGGUCCCCCGCACGGCACCCACCAGGGCCCGGAGGAUGAUGAAGCUCAAGUCGAACCAGACCCGCACCUACGACGGCGACGGCUACAAGAAGCGGGCCGCGUGCCUGUGCUUCCGCAGCGAGAGCGAGGAGGAGGUGCUGCUCGUGAGCAGUAGCCGCUAUCCAGACCGAUGGAUUGUUCCUGGAGGAGGCAUGGAGCCUGAGGAGGAGCCGAGUGUGGCAGCGGAACGGGAAGUCUGUGAGGAGGCUGGAGUAAAAGGGACGCUGGGAAGGUUGGUUGGAAUUUUUGAGAACCAGGAGAGGAAGCACAGGACAUACGUGUACGUGCUUAUUGUCACAGAAGUGCUGGAAGACUGGGAAGACUCGGUGAACAUUGGAAGGAAGAGAGAGUGGUUUACAAUAGAAGACGCCAUAAAAGCGCUGCAGCACCACAAGCCCGUGCAGGCUUCCUACUUUGAGACGUUGAGGCAAGGCUGCUCUGCCAACAAUGGCACCCCUGUGGUGGCCACCUCAUACCCCAGCUCUGUGUCGGGCAUCAGAUGACUGCAGACUUCCUGUAAGAGCCGGAGAGUGGAAACCAAACUGAAGUGUGGCUCUCCUCACCUCCCUCCCUUCUCGAAGCCUCCUCUUUCCCCAGGCGUGGUGGGCAGCAGAGAGGGCACACUGAGGUGCUGCGGGGGUGUGGAGUGAUGCGGGUGGGGGUGGGGCGAUGGGAACUUUCUCUCUUUCCUGAGGGUGGGGCUGGGAUGUGACUCCCAGGUACUUUCCUGCAUGCUCUGUCCCCCUCGCUCACCCCGCCCUCUGAAGGAGGGAACUCUUCUCCCUCCCUCUUGGGUUCUGAAGCGGCCCAUUUGCCUCAUCCCAGCCUGGCCAGGUAUUUUCUCAUCUUUUUUUCCAUUAAAAGAUAGCCAUGUGAGAUGAAACUUUGUAGGGAUCUGUCCUGUGGUGUGCUGUCGAGCCCCGUGGGGUGGCAGUGUCCCUUCAGGAUACGUUUGUCUGGACAUGGUACAUUGACAUGUAAAUGAGUGAUUUAGAAAGAGCAUCUUGACUCUUCAGUUUUUCAGAGUUUUGCUUUCUGUUUUGUUUUUGUUUUUACUUUAUUUUUUAUUCCAGGUAUUUCUAGUUUAAGGUCCCUCACACUUUACGUGUUUGUUUCAAUGCUAGUGACUGGGCAGGUUUCUCUGUCCUCUGUUUCCCAGCCACGGUGAGCUUAGCCAUCUUCCUCUUGCCCCUGGGACCCUGGCCUUCUCCGAAGGCUGUUUCCAUGCCAAGAAACCUGUUUCCUUUUCUGUUACCAAGCCUGGAGCAAAUGGCCUCAGCCAGAGCCAAAGAAACAGUGCUAGAAAUUGAAUUCUGCUCGCCGAUGUGUUCACAGUAGACUUUAAACUGGAUUCCUUCCCUGUCUCAGAAACUGGACCAUCAAGCACCGUGUCUGUCCUGCUGGCUGGGAAUUUUUUCCAUUACGCUAUUCGUUGCUGACAUGGCCUCUCUUACCCUUGUAUGCCUUACACCACGCUGACCUGGACUUGAAGCCACGUUGCACGGUCCUGUCCCCUGCUGAGAAGCCCCACUGAGGUCCUGGGGAGAGGAGACAGGGGAAGUGUGCCUCUGAGGUCGGAGUCUGUGCCGAGGGUUGCAGCAAGAGCAUGCUCAGAAGGCUGGCGAAUGAAAGGCCAUCCCUGGGAAGGGCUCACUAGUGACCCUCAGAAUGCUGGCGAAAGGCCAUCUGUGGGAGGGGCUCACUAGUGACCCUCUGGCCUGCUGUAGACUCCUGUUGGUGUUUUGUGCUGAGCUCAUCUGCCAGUUGUGGUGUUUAUUUGGGAAGGAAAAGGUCUUGGACCUUGAGCAGGGAGGGUGGGAGGAGCUGAUGCCUGGGUUAGUGUGGGGCUCACUCUGUGGCAUUGCCUGUGUUGAAACGUAGCCAAGAUGUGAAAUUGAAAUAGUACUCCUCUUUAUUUAAAACUAAUAAAUACUCAAACUUUGAAAA